AUGGAAAAAAGCGUUGCAAUUUUGGGAAAAAAAAAAAAAAAAGACCGAUUUUUUUUCCGCCCAAUUUUUGGCGUGAGCGUCAACCAGCAUUUAGACCCUGAUGCGCCCACAGUCUUUGCCACUGUGGGCAACAACCGGGUCACUGUCUACGAGGCCAUGGAUAACGGUGACAACAAGUUGAUGCAGUGUUACGCGGACCCAGAUGCCGAUGAGAAUUUCUACACUUGUGCCUGGUCUUGGGAUCCGGAAACGGGCAAACCCAUUCUGGCAGCUGCGGGGGCCCGUGGAAUCGUCCGUGUAUUCAGCCCGGCCACGAUGAGUUGCAUCAAGCAUUACGUGGGUCACGGGCAAUGUAUUAACGAGCUCAAAUUCCACCCGAAAGAUCCUAACUUGUUACUUUCGGUAUCGAAAGAUCACAAUCUCCGAUUAUGGAACGUCAAAACAGACCAUUGCAUCGCCAUCUUUGGCGGGGUUGAAGGUCACCGUGACGAGGUUCUCAGUGCGGACUUUGAUGCCACGGGUAAUUAUAUCAUGAGUUGCGGCAUGGACCACUCCCUUAAGUUGUGGAAGUUCAACACGGAGAAUCUUCAGAACGCUUGCCAAGGCUCGUACAACCACAACAUCAUGAAGAGUAAGAAAGCCUUCGCCACGGAAUUGUGCCACUUCCCGGACUUCUCCACCCGAGAUAUCCAUCGGAAUUAUGUGGAUUGCUGCAAGUGGUUCGGCAAGUUCAUCCUGUCCAAAUCGUGUGAGAAUGCCAUUGUUUGCUGGAAGCCAGGGCCUUUGGGUAAAAGCCUCGAGGAUAUCAAGAUGGGCGACAACAAGGUGAGCCUGAUCCACAAGUUGGACUACAAAGACUGUGAGAUCUGGUUCGUCCGCUUCAGCAUGGACGCCAAGCAAAAUAUCCUAGCUUUGGGCAAUCAAAUUGGGAAGACCUACGUCUGGGAUUUGGACGUGGAUGAUCCAGCCGAUGUGAAGUACAAUGUUCUCAGCCACGCCAAAUGUACAUCGGCCAUCCGACAAACCAGCCUAAGCAGAGAGGGACACGUACUUAUUUGUGUUUGCGACGACGGAACCAUUUGGCGAUGGGAUCGAAAACCAUGAGAAACCAUGAGACUCAAGCCUCAGUUCAAAGUUACACUUAUUAAAUUCAUAUCCAAGUACUUUGCAUUAUUGAUCUCUGACAAAUCUAAGCAUUGAUACAUU